AUGGGAGAGCAAAACAACAAAGAACUACUCGUAGGUGGACUGGCAAGGGCUUUGAAAGAACAACGACACGUCGAUGUACGCCUAAAGCCAGGGGACAGUAAUGAGAAGGGCGAAUCUAUAUCUGUCCACAUGCUUUCUGCAAGAUCUGAGGUGUUUAGUAAGAUACUUGAAUGCAAGAUCAAGGCUGCGACUAAGCUAGAGACAAUCACUCUCUCGGAGCUGAAACACGAAGAUAUACACUAUAUGAGGACCCGCCAGAUAUGCGGGUUUAAGGUUUUAUAA